AUGUGGCAAGGGAACCUAUUUGAACAUGCGGUACCAAAGAAAUAUUCGUUGGCUAAACUUCUUAGAAUUUGUAAAAUCAGUGUGCUUGAAUUCUUUGACAAAGCGACCAAAUGGGUGGAAAUGAUUAAUGGGCCGCGCCGCUUGAAGGAUCAUAUCAAUCGAGUGCAGUCGUCCCUUGCAGUUGCAGCGGUUGUUUUCAAAAAAUUAUUACCAAUUUUCCGGAAGAUAUUUGCACCGCCGUGCAGUAAUGAUGAUGAUAAUUCAAAAGAUCUCAAUUGCAAGAAGCUGUUUACUCUGCUGUGGACAUUAUUUAUUGUAAUGCGAAAGCAAUUUAACAGCGAUGACUUGAUGAACAGCUUUCAUCUUCUGCUUUGUACAGUUGACUUUAUCUUUCAAGACCUCCGACGUUCCGAAAUGGCUUCCUUAUUGGAUGGCGAUUUCAUAAAUGCCAUUGAAAUGCAACCCGAAGAAGAUUCUAUACUGGAAACAUUGUGCCAGAUUUUUGAAGGUGUUGUUUUGGAUGCAAAGCACUUUCGAGCCCAUUGUUGGCUUCCCAGAAUGCGCAGAAUGUCGGAGGAGAAGUCAAUAGAAACAGGCGAACAUCUGACAAAUUUUGCUGCAAACGAAUUAAUUAAUAAAAAAAAGUUGGAUAGUAUGUAUGAGGAACUGAUUGUUAAACGAGGUGAAAUGGAUGAAAGGAUGUUUUUACCUGCAGAUAUUUCUGUCGUGUUCGAUGAAGCGUAUGAUGAAUGUGCAGUGCAACGCCUUCGACAUUCAGAAGAUGGUGACAGCCUUGUUGAUGCGGACAUGUUGUUGCGUUUGAGUACUCAAAGUUGUUUGGAACGACUUCAGGAUCAAAGGCAACAAAGGACACCGUUGACUGGUCGAGGGUACGUCAUAUCCGCGGAACAGUAUUGUCCUGCUACACCGGUUUCCGCUUCACUUUAUAAUGCGUCGAGACUGGAAGUGUUACUCCAAGACAGUUGGAGGAGAUUGGAUGCCGAAGUAGAGAGCAUUUUGUGCCACAGCUGCCAGGAUCCAUUUGGGAAAAUUAUGAAUAUUGUGUCUCAACUAAGUGAGCGUUUGGAGGAGGUGAUAGAAAAUGAAAGACAGUUAGAUGGAGCUGACUACGACGCGUCAUUUCGCGAAAUGUUUGCAAUUCGAAAGAACAAUACAGAAUGUUUAUUUUCCGCUGUAUUGCUCAGAGAGGAUUUCUUGAAAGCGUUGUACGUCUGUUCUUUGCAACUAGUUCUUUUUACAUAUGAAAGUGUACGCGAAUUUCCGUGGAGUUUGGAAACUAUGCAUCUGCCUGCGAUACAUUUUUACAAAGUUAUUGAGCUAAUUAUCCGAGCCGACUCUUCUUUGUCGCGUGAAAUGGUUAAGCAUCUCAAUAAGGUUGAGGAACGUGUGUUAGAAGAGUUUGCUUGGAGCUUAGAUUCCCCACUAUGGCCUAGUUUACAUCGACGAGCCGAUGACGUACCAUCAAGUCAGGCAGUGUCGUUGGAAACCGUAGAAGGUUAUUCUAUGAGGCAGCCAUCUCUUUCACAGCGUUAUACAUUGUCACCCGUCAAACCACUUGCAGCAAAACGUCGACUUGAAUUUGAUGACGAUGAUUCAUCAUGUGUUGCUGCAAAACGGCGAGCUCCGGAUGGUGAAAGCUUAACACCGACAUCUGCAACAUUACUAUUUUUCCGUAAGGUAUAUUAUUUGGCAGCAGUUCGCUUGCGUGAUCUCUGUGAGCGAGUACGUCUUGAUGAAAAAGGUCGUCAGCGAGCUUGGACUUUGUUUGAACACGUUUUGAGAACGGAAACUUCCCUUAUGGCUGGAAGGCACUUGGAUCAAAAUCUGAUGUGUUGUUUAUAUGUGGUAGCAAAAAUUGGUCAGCAAAAUAUUUCUUUUCACGACAUUAUGUACCACUACCGCCAUCAACCGCAAGCUGCUUCACGUGUAUAUCGACGAGUUAUGGUGGAAAGCAAUUCUUCACCUCCGAUCAUUUUGGAUGAUGGCGCUUCUCACGAUUCUGUUGGUUCUGCAUCAGAUGAAAAAUUUCGUUCUGAAUCAUCAGUUUCGGGGGCAGUGACAGGCAGUGGUGCAGCAACACCAGAACAUCAAAAUGUGGAAUACAUUGAUCUCAUCAAAUAUUACAAUCAGAUUUUCAUUUCUCGUGUGAAAUCGUUUGUGCAAAAAUUACAGCCAGGAUUUGCGGAGAGUGGUGUUUCUCUGUUAUCAAUUCCAAUGGUUCAGUGCAAUCGCUUAUCACCUCAGAGAAGCGUAUCUGAUCGUAUUACCGUUACACCAAUGCCUUCUUCACUACCAUCCUCACCGUCACGACCAUACAGAUAUAUCUUUGAUAAGACACCAGUCAAAGAACUAAAUUCAAUUAACCUGAUAAUGCAUAACGCUGGUCGGACAAUCCCUCAGUUGGCUUCUGGUGGUUUUCAGCAAGGUUCAUAUCGCAAUUUGGUCGCGCGUACGAUAUCUUAAUACUUAUAGCGAUAUCCUGAAGAAAUGGAUUAUAAAAGAAAAAGAAAAAGACAGAUUGAUCAUUUGCCUAAAGAGUGUGUUCUUAUUUCUCUAGGUUCUGGCAACAUUCACA